AUGUCUGAUUAUGUCGAACUAUUGAAAAGAGGUGGUAACGAAGCCAUCAAAAUUAAUCCUCCAACCGGUGCUGAUUUCCACAUUACAUCUCGUGGCUCAGACUGGCUUUUCACCGUCUUUUGUGUUAACCUACUAUUCGGUGUCAUUCUAGUCCCACUAAUGUUUAGAAAACCAGUUAAGGAUAGAUUCGUAUACUAUACGGCCAUUGCUCCAAAUUUGUUUAUGUCAAUUGCUUAUUUCACCAUGGCUUCCAACUUGGGUUGGAUCCCAGUUAGAGCAAAGUACAACCACGUGCAAACUUCUACUCAAAAGGAACACCCAGGUUACAGGCAAAUUUUUUACGCUAGAUAUGUUGGCUGGUUUUUAGCUUUCCCAUGGCCGAUUAUUCAAAUGUCUCUGCUUGGUGGUACUCCAUUAUGGCAAAUUGCUUUCAAUGUUGGUAUGACCGAAAUAUUCACUGUCUGUUGGUUGAUUGCUGCCUGCGUCCACUCUACCUAUAAAUGGGGUUACUACACCAUCGGUAUUGGCGCUGCCAUUGUUGUUUGUAUCAGUUUGAUGACUACUACGUUCAACCUAGUGAAGGCUAGAGGUAAGGAUGUCUCUAACGUUUUUAUUACUUUCAUGAGUGUCAUCAUGUUUCUAUGGUUGAUUGCCUACCCAACUUGUUUUGGUAUUACAGAUGGUGGUAACGUUUUGCAACCAGAUUCUGCCACCAUUUUCUACGGUAUUAUCGAUUUGUUGAUCUUAUCCAUCUUGCCAGUUCUUUUCAUGCCAUUAGCUAACUACUUAGGGAUUGAAAGAUUAGGUUUAAUCUUCGACGAAGAACCCGCUGAACACGUUGGCCCAGUAGCAGAAAAGAAGAUGCCAUCUCCAGCUUCUUUUAAGUCAUCUGAUUCUGACUCCAGCAUUAAGGAGAAAUUAAAGCUAAAGAAGAAGCACAAGAAGGACAAAAAGAAAGCUAAGAAGGCCAAGAAGGCUAAGAAGGCUAAGAAGGCUCAAGAAGAGGAGGAGAAUGCAGCUACCGACUCUGAAUAA